AUGCGAUGCGCGAGCAAGGCCGCCGAGAGCGCGUCUGCACGUCUCUGUGCGGACGCCGAAGCAGAAACUACAGCAACUGAUGUCCCAUCGGUUGCUGAAUCGACUCAGCCUGUAUCACCUGGUGAUGCAGGCGCUGGUCAUGAAGACACUCGUGUCUUCACAGAGUACGAGCUCGGUGUCUCGUACUCUCCUGAUACGGAUGACGGAUCCGUAUCGACGGCAAUUGAAUCCAAGCCGCCUGCCAAGCGUGGCAUGAUGGACGAUGCUUUGCGUCGCAGCAUCUUUGGUUCAUCUGAUGAGUCAGAUGAACCAUCGCCGAAGCGAAGGCGCUCGAGGUCGCGAGACUCGGGCGCUAAUAGUGGUGUCGUUUCUCCAAUGGACACCACUUCACAGCGAGGUGCCAGUACUUCUGUCGGCACGUCGCAGGAAGAGCGGGACCGCAAUGUGUUGCGUCUCGCUCCAGAAAAGAAGGCAUGGAUGCCUCCUAAAUCUGUCAUGGAUCACUUGUCGGCGACGACGAGUGAUCGUUAUCGAACACGAUUGUUCGAUUCGUCGAGGAUUCAUCACUUGACCCCAGCGCGAAAGACUAUCGCGCUGAACAUGAGUUCUUCAUCGAUGCUUUCUUCAGACAUCGAUGGUACAGUGGGAAUCACAAACGUGAUGGUCCCUCACUACUUCAGGCGUGGAACGCCUACAUCCAUAAUCUCGAGGAUGUAG